CAGUCCAGCCUGGGCCAUGGCGCAAGGGGCAGCAUAGCAGCAUGAUUAGACAGAGAAGAGGGGGCAAAGGCAAGGGCAGUUCGGGAAUUCGCGGCGCGGCGUUUAACGAGGAAGGGAGUGGACGGCGGAACGGAGCGGACGGGGCGCGGGCGGGGGCGCGUAUAAAUCCCGGUAAAAUUCCCCCGACGCGAGGCCUCAAAUCGCUCUCUGCCCCCGAUCACCGGUCGCCUCCCUUCCGCUCCCCUGCCUGCCUAAUCCCUCCGGCCACCCCGAAACCGCUCGCUCGCUCGCUCGCUCCCCGCGCCCAGAGACAAGCCCGGAGACCAUGGCGGACCAGCUCACUGACGACCAAAUCGCCGAGUUCAAGGAGGCCUUCAGCCUCUUCGAUAAGGACGGCGACGGUUGCAUCACAACCAAGGAGCUUGGAACUGUCAUGCGUUCACUGGGUCAGAACCCAACGGAGGCUGAACUCCAGGACAUGAUCAAUGAGGUGGAUGCCGACGGCAAUGGCACGAUCGACUUCCCCGAGUUCCUCAACCUCAUGGCCCGCAAGAUGAAGGACACCGACUCCGAGGAGGAGCUCAAGGAGGCGUUCAGGGUGUUCGACAAGGACCAGAACGGCUUCAUCUCUGCCGCGGAGCUCCGCCACGUGAUGACCAACCUAGGCGAGAAGCUGACCGACGAGGAGGUCGACGAGAUGAUCCGCGAGGCCGACGUUGAUGGCGAUGGCCAGAUCAACUACGAGGAGUUCGUCAAGGUCAUGAUGGCCAAGUGAGUAAAGCCUGCGGUAAUGGUAUAGUAACCCCGCUCGGAAGGAGGAAACCGUGCGUUGCAUAUUAGUAAGGCAAUGCAAUGCAGCUCUUGUUUCCUUCUUCCCGUGAAGAAACCGUACUAGCUGUAGCUGCUGAACGUUUGAGUCCCUCUGCUGCCACCCUUAUCUCCAUUGUGCCGUCGAACCUCCUUGCUUCCCCUGUGUGAAUCUGUACGGAUUUUCGUGUUCUGAACACUGAUUGCAGUUGAAUCCAGUUUGUAGUUCUAUUUGUUCAUCGAAUUCGAAUCUGCCCGAUUCCUUUGGU